GGUAAUUAGCAGCAGAAGAUUGAACUCUUCCGGGCUGAGAAUUAAUAACGAAUCGUGAUUAUUAACCUUGAGUCUUCCCGAUAAAACCACUGAGAGGUAACCAUCUUUACGAAAAAAAUGGCUCUUCAGGGUCGACGACCUCGAAGAAGAUGGCCGAAGAGGUUCAACGACUGAUAACUCAUGAAGAACGCGAAUGCUUCUGACAAUAGGGCGAAAAAGAGAACAUCGCCACUUUACUUUCUUUUUCUUUUCUUUACAUUGUCUUACAGUUUUUCCAACGCUUGACUUUUGAACUCACGUAUCAGCUGAUCCAAGGCACUGACUCUGAUUCAUCGAACUCCAAUUUUAGCCAAGCUGCGUCGCAACCAAAGCACCUCUUCAGGGUUACAGAGCCUCCUGGAGAUAAAAGAAAAAACGCAAAAAAUUACGAAUCAGGGAACUGAAAAUUAAGAAUAACGCAAAAGGAGCGGAAAAAAGAAAUGGGGCACUCGAGCGAUAUUUCUCGUUACUUUCGCCCCAUCAGUGGUUUAACGAAUGACGAAGAGUCAUAAAGGAUCAAUUAAUUUUCUAAUUAGCGAAGGUCAGCUGGUGACCUCGUCCUGGCGAAUUAACUCAUUAGUCCGAACCUGGCAAGGCUUCAUUAAGACUCUAACUUGUCGGCACUUUAAUUAGUAUAUCUCCUGCAUUUACAUACCCGUAAUGAAAAUACACUCCCGAGGCAUUUUCCUGACCUCAAGUUAAUCGCAUAAAUCCGUAAUAUUUAAUGAACAAAUUAGUGCGACCUCGAAGACAAAAAGGGGUCGAUCGAAUUCUCUCCCUUCAAUCGAAGCUCGGUAUUCUGAUCCUAAAUUGCGACCUCGAUUUAUCUUUCCCUUUAAGUCAGGCAUCGACCUCGACCUCCCAUACCCUAGAAAUUAUUUCUGAAUUGAUAAUACGUCUAAUGAUUUUAUAUCUGGAUUUAAUAAUCGACAUAUUUCGAGGCUAUUUGAUGACCUUAAUUUUAGCCUUGAAAUCGGGACUACCUUAAUGUUUAGAUCUUUAGAUCAAGGCAAUUCCCGAUGCAUCAUCGAAUUACGAGUUACGUGACGACCUCGACCUCGACCUCGACCAAAUUAUUUAAGCGGCAAAUCACCUCCAACGGCAACUGGACUUUUAAUGCGUCGUCGAGUUGCGAAUUAACCUGAUGACCUCGACCUCGUCCUAGAGCUCGACCUCGACCUCUGUCAAAAUAUUUAAACCCCAAACCACCUCCAAAAGCAGUGGGACUUUUAACGCGUCGUCGAGUUGCGAAUCGAUGAGUUGACCUCGACCUCGAUUUCAAAUAUUAAAACCCCAAAUCACCUUCAAAGGCAGUGGGACCUUUAAUGUGUCGUCGAGUUGCGAAUUCACGGAUCGAUUUUGAUCGAAAGAUCCAAAGUUCUCAAUACGAGACCUCUAAUGCCUCUGUCCGACCUUAAGUCAUCGACCUCGGUGGUCCACCCCCGGAGUCCCCUCCCUCCUCCUCGUCGAAGAGGGCCCCCCGAGGACCCGACGAUGACCGACUCCACGAGCGAGUGUCCGUCGAUGGUCGACGUCUGCGACCUCGACAACGAGGUCGACCUCGGUGACCGACGUCGAGGUCGCCAUCCGGAAGUCGACGCUAUGGCCAGGCGGAUGGGCGUUUCGCGGAUCUUUAACCGGAAGUCGAUGACCUGGGCACGGGAUACUCUCGAGAGGCUGCCUAUCAAACUGACCUUGGCCAAUCUUGGGAUCGUGGCCUUGACCCUGGCGAUCCUGAUGCCGAGGUCGCUCACUUAUCUCCUCAUCUAUCCGAUUUUCAGAUUGGUCUUUGGCACCCUCUACCCCGCCUAUGCCUCCUACAAGGCCAUUAGGACGAAGAACGUCAAGGAAUACGUAAAAUGGAUGAUGUACUGGAUCGUAUUUGCACUCUUCUCCUCGGCGGAGACCUUCACGGACGUCUUCUUCAGUUUUUGGUUCCCGUUCUACUAUGAGAUCAAGAUCAUCCUGGUGCUCUGGCUUCUGAGUCCUGCGACGAAAGGCUCCAGCAUCCUUUAUCGGAGAUUCGUACAUCCGGCCUUGGUGCGCAGAGAAGCGGAAAUUGACGAAGCCCUUACACGUGCUACCGAACAGGGGUACACUGCGGUGUUACACCUGGGCACCAAGGGUGUCAAUUAUGCCACCACGGUGCUGAUGCAGACGGCGAUCAAGGGCGGAGGCGGAUUGGUCCAGCAGCUUAGGAAGAGCUACAGUCUGAGCGAUUUAACCGGCGAAAAGGAAGACGAGAAUAGAAACAUGUCCAAUUCGCGAGACGAGACGGACUUGCAAGUGGAACCUCGUCGAAGGGAAAACGUGGGCAGAAGGGGGUACAGUCCCCGGAGAACUCAGUCGAGCAGCAACCGGGUCGAGAUGUACUUUUCAGAAGUAGACGUCGACGUGAGGCAACCAAGGCCUAGGGAGCCAAUUACUAGCUUAAGUAACAUUAGGUCAUCGGACGACAUAUCCAGCGGCUACAGCAGCGGUGAAGCUUUGCAGACGCAUCGAGGGACGUCACAAGCUGAAAGCCUCGUCAGGACGUCGAGCGUCGGCGCCAGGACGCGCACCAAGCCACGCUCUACUACGAAGAAGACGCCAGAGGACGUGGAGGAGGACGUGGGGUAUAUCGUCGAAGUCCCGCCUCUCGAUCGGAUCCCGCUUUCGGGUAUCGAGCACUUAGUGAGCGCUGAUCAGGCCCUCGACCUGAUCUCGAGGCUCUCCCAAGUCCUGGACCCCGAGACUUUAUCCAGGUACGGACUUAGAGAGAGCACUUCGAGCUUUAUCCCCGACCCUGAAGCGGAUUUCGAGGCCCCAGGGUCGAAGAUCCAAGAAACAGGGGGUCAAGAGGAGAGGCCAGCUUCCCUGGAGCCGCUCAUCAGCUGUGAUCAUCAACAGAACCAGCAUCCUCUUCAAGGUCGAGGUUUGAUCCCUGAAGAGCCAACAGGUGCGGGGAACUCGAGGUCGAGGUCGAGGAGUGGUGAGAAUCCAGAAAAUGCAGAAACUCCAGGAAGCACCUCCACCCCCUGCGACCGGCUCCCAGACCCCAGGGGUAAUCCGUGUUUUAAUCCGACUGAGGAUGUUGCAUGCAAAGAUUUAAGAUGUUACGAAGACGCACUUCAGGAAGGGGAGUCUAACUUGCAGUUCGUCGUCGAGGAAAUCCCGUACGAGAAAGUGGACCUUGAAGAGAAGCCGAAGAUGGAGGACGAAGAGCUAGCUGCAGGGAGGGGAGUUGAUAAGGAGCCGGCCGGUGAUAAGAUUCUUUCUGGGGAAGUUUUAGAUCACCAGGAAGCUGGGGCGGAUUCGGGAUUUGUCGCUGGAGUACUUGCAUGUCAAGGAACUAACAUUGAAGAGACACUUCAGAUGGAAGGGCGACACCUAGAUCAAGAUUUAGAUGAUAAUGGGGCUAAUAGUAUUAAUAUCGACGAAGGGAAGGGUGAAGAGGAUGCUUAUGUCCAGGCUGAAGAGGAUGUGAUGGGUGAAGGUAAAAUUGAACUUGCGGAGAAUUUCCUGGAGCAGGAAAAAGUUCGUGAAGGUGAAGGCUCCGUGGAUUUUGGGAACCCUGAAGAGAGGAUGGCUGCAAAUCCGGAGCCCAAGGUCAGUGCUGGAAGGAUCACAGAUGAGAUUUGUCAAAAUAGGUUCGAUGAGCUGAAACAUCUGUUGGAGACCGCUCACAAGACUAUGGCAAGUAUAGUUUCCUCCCAGGAGACGUUGGAAGUGGUCGGGAAAAAGGGGAGCGCCGAGAAGAUUUCCAGCGAGGGGGAGAACCCUUUUUCUUCGCAGGAGGUCGAAGGGGGUUUCUUCAGCUCUUCAAGGAGUCAUGGGAACGUGUCGACCCUGGAGAUCAGUCCAGGAGUAUCGCGCAGCAACUCGGACAGUGCUGGAAGAGCUGGGAGGUAUAACAAAAGACCAGCUCCAAAAGCGCCUGACGUAGAAAGUCACGACGACCCUGAAGAGGUCGAGCCGGAGAAGGCUGUGAAAGCCACCCUGAUCAUCAAAACCGGGACCGUGAAGACCUUUGGAGCCGAGGACACCUCGAAAGAGGUCUUCCUGGCCGACUCUUCAGGGUCCAGUAACAGGAAAAGCAGGAAAUCCCGAGGCAAGGAAGGCUUCUCGAAGCUGCUGACCAUCCCGAAGAACAUAUUCCACAACGCCUUCCACAAGGAGCAGAAAAGUUCCACCAAGGACGAGGACCUUAAUCCUUUCGAAGGGGGUUCUUCUAGGUCCAGGUCGCCCAGUACUGGGUCUCCAGCUUCCAGCAAGCUAGCGGAACCUGGAAGCAAGUUCCUGAAGAAGGUCGACGACGUCCAGAAUGUCCUUUUGAAGGCUGCCAUGGUCGAUGCAGAUUCUGAGACUUAUGUCGACCUUAGAGCCGAGUGCAUCGACCCUGAAGCGACUACUUCGGACGACUCGAAGAGCGAAGAACUGGAUAAAACUGUGUAUGAAAGAGCGGAGUAUGAAAAGAUGCUCGCCGAGGGGAGAGGAAAAAGUGGGAAAAGCAAAAUGCAGAUCAGACAGAUGUCGAGGUCGCCGACUCGGAGUGCCAGAAAAACUUUUUUCGACCUCUAGGACUCUCGUGAGAUGUUCUUCAGCCUCUUCCCGAUCCAACGUAGAUAGAUAUCUUCAGUAGGCAUUGUUGAAGAACCUCAACAUUGCAUUGUAAACAUUAUUCAUGAUGCAUUAACGAAGCAAGGAUGUAUGUAGAUUUAUGUCAAAAACUGUUUUUAUACGCCGUAGUCGCUCUUCGGCAUCGAGAUGAAUUUUGGGAACCAAUCCUCGCAGAAUGUUAAACACGUGUAAAGUGCAUCUACAUUAUUGCACGGAUUCUGUCGCAUACUCUUGUAAUUACUUAUGUAUAAUUGCGAAGUUUAUUUUAAACGAUCUUAGCAUCUCGAGUUCAUUAACGCUGCGUCUCUUUACUCUAAACAUGUACAUAUACUUCAUGUUUACAUCGCAUAAUCAUGAUAAAUAAUUAUGAAAGACAACACGAAAAGGAUCGAUUUUAGAUUUCGAAGACAAUCCCGAUCGCUACGCCCGUUAAUGGAAGAUCUUUAUGAAUGAAGAUGUCACGAGAUAUGCAAAUGAAAGAUGAAGAGUCGCUAAAAGAUCGAGAUGUCGAUCUAGGAAGACCAGAAGAUCAAUUAGGAUCGAUCGGAGACCGUACGGAAAUAUUUUCUCGAGUGCUGGAUGAUCCGCUUCUACCCUUUCAUUGUAAACAGAUCCUGCGCUGAACUUUCUAUACUAACACGGAAUUGUAUUUUAUAAUAACAAUUUGUUUGCGAUUGAGAUGUUUAUGCGCACUUGCGGGGCCAAUUUGCAGGAACAUUGUUAAUCGUACGGAGGUGUUCCAGAUUUUCAACACGCUUAGAGAUUAUUUCUGCACGGAGGAAAGAGAAGUGUCAUGAACCAAGGAAAUACUCUGUCAAUUCAAAGAAUAAUUAUUUAACGUAAUUAAACUCGAAUAAAUCGGACGCAACGUUUAUCCGGAAUUCUGACAAUCAUAUUAUAGUCGAUUUAUUCUCGGCAUCAUUAAAAUAUUUCUUUGGUUUAGUGACAUUGUUUUUUUUCUUUGUGUGGGUUCCGCGGAAUCAUGGAUGAUCCCUUUCCGGCGAGUUCCUUUUCUUUCUUUUUUUUUUUUUCUUCUGCCGUGCUUUGAGGCGUGCCGAGAGAGAGAUAGAGACCCAAUAAGGCCAGGUCGGAUCGAGUUGUUUAACAAAAUCCUUUG